CAACAUGGUAACAGAGGGGGAACCCACAGACUUGGUCAAAGUGCUGCACCUUCUGGUGCUGUCUUUCACCUGCAUGCAGGUCUGGGUCUCCUUCAUUGGAGGUUUUGCCCUGAUUUGGCAGGUAACUCUGCACACCUUUGGCCUUGUGCAGAGUAAACUCUUCCCUGUAUACUUCUACUGCCUGCUAGGGAGCAACUUCAUCAGCCUGGCUAUUUAUGCUGUGUACCACCCUCGAGAGCUUCUUGACACCCGUGAAAGCAUACAGAUGGGUCUGUACUUUGUGGCAUUGAUAGUGGCUGGCCUGAACACUCAGUGGUUUGGCCCAGUGACCACUGAGGUGAUGUUCCAGAUGAGGGAGGUGGAGAAGGAGCACGGUUUAGGGAAUGAGAUUGGUCUGGGGAGCCAAAAAGAGGCUUACACAAAGCUCAAGGAACAAGACCCGAAGUACAGAGGCUACAAGAGCACGUUUGGCCGUUAUCAUGGAUUGUCCAGCCUCUGCAACCUGAUAGGCCUCAUCUGCACCACAGUCAAUUUAAUCUACACUGCUCUGAAUUUGUCUACUGUUUAGAUAUGAUUACACAUCAGGAUAAGUCAGUGUCAGUUAAUAAAAAGUGUAAUACUCUAAGAUCAAAAUACAUUGACUUCUGUUGCAUUUUAAAUCCCAAUAAGUUACAAGUGUCCUUUGAGUGGGUGUCUCAAGACUGCGUAUGUUUACAUGCACAUGAUGUAAAGACCCUUAAUCCAUGUGGAUACUUUAAAAAUGAGCAUUAGAUAUUUAGAUAUGCCAAAAUCAUUCCAGUUUUAUGAGGAUUGUUUGGAAUUUCAUUUAGGAUUUUUAUUGCAGGUUGUAAAACAUGGUGUGUAUUGACAGUCAACUGAGACAGCAAUGACAAUCCUCUCUGGUAGAGCUACAUUUUACAAAAAGGAAAAGGAAAGAAACACAGCAUAUUUUAAAUAUUUUUGGGGGGAUGUUAGCCAAUAUCAGCCACCAGUGGGAAAAGUUUAAAUUAAAACAUUUGAGAAUUAGGUUGAAAACUAAAUAUUUUAGACAUGUAAAUGUUAGUCAUUCAUUAAUUAAUUUCCAUUUCAUUUGUACCUAAAUACAUGUUUUUUGAGCAUUUCUAGACAUUUUUUUUUUGUGUUAUAUAUUUGUUUUUAUUGUACCUGGUAGAAACUGAAUUUCUAUGGUCCCAUGUGGGUAAUUUGCUCAUAUUACCAACAGAUGGCAAUGUGUGGACACAGACAUUCAGGGAAAAUUUGUAUUUCCAUUGCUCAGCACAAUACACUGCAUUAAUUCCAACUGUUCUCACAAAUUGUGUGUUUGAAAUUUGUCAACACUGGUUGGAAUGUUAAGUACUGUUCUGUUCAGUGUACCCACUGAAAACUUUCUUUCUGUUUGUCUUCCUAUAAUAAAUACAAAUUUUGUUCAUAUCAGUCAAAUAGACCCUUAUUUACUGGACUGUUUUGGAAGGAAACAGUGAUGAGUGAACACAGAUGCAGCAGACAGUGCCAGGAUUUGGAAUCGGCAGGUUUUGAUUAAAUUACAAUGGACGCACAUCAGAUUUUAAGAAUAUGCAGCCUUGAAUGCAGAAGGGAAAAAACAGUACUUUGCUGGCCAGAUUUGGAGUGAAGGAAGUGCAGUCCCUUUUACAUCUACACUAUCAAUACUAAUGACACUUAAUGGAGUCAUUUCUAUUUGGAAAACAAAUUGGAUUGAAAGUAAAGGGAUAAAGUUUUAUAACUGGAGUUCAUUAUUACCUUCUUAUGCUAUUUACUCCUAAGCAGAGAUCAAGAAUCCUGUUAUAGUUUUAGGGUUUCAAAUAAAGAGACAGCACAUGCUUAAUACAGUUUGUUAGUAUUGUGACAGUGUGCCAUUUUAACAGUUUAAAGAUCAAGUGGUGAGUGAAGAACAUGCAUGUUUUUAACUGCUCUGUCUGGUUGUCUGUUUCUCUGGCAUAGGGAAAUAAACCUUGUUAACCAAGGUUUAUCUACUCAUCUUUUCAUAGCAUGACUUACCAAUAGCAUGAAAACUUUUUACUGGAAUAUUUAUUUCCUCCAUGCUGAAAUGAAACAUUUUAGAGCAUUUACUUGAAAAAAAACUUGAAAGCUUCUCAUGUAAAUCGUGUGUAUGAGGCAAAUACCCUCUUCAAAAUUCCUCAGUCAUGGGUGUGCAAAG